AUGGACUUCGGCCCCGCCGCAGGGCGCAACGGUGGGCAGGUCGUCGCCGAAGGAACGCCCGCCGCCGUGUCGAAGAAGCGCGGCAGCGUUACGGGCCCCUACCUGAGCGGCAAGAAGUCGAUCCCGGUGCCGACGAACCGACGGAUUACUGCUUCGCAGAAUGACGAAGCACGAAUGACGACUGCCGACAAGAAGAGAAAGUCGGCCGCAGAUUCUUAUUCGUCAUUCGAAAUUCGUCAUUCGUCAUUUGACGGCCCACGUCUCCGCGUCGUUGGCGCCCGCCACAACAAUCUCAAGAACAUCACCGUCGACUUCCCCCUCGGAACCCUUAUCGCGGUCACCGGCGUGUCGGGGUCGGGCAAGUCUUCGCUGGUGAACGAGAUCCUUUACAACCAACUCGCCCGGUCGCUGCACCGGGCAGGCACCGUCGCCGGCGCGCACGACCGGAUCGAGGGGCUGCACCAUAUCAACAAGGUGAUCCGCGUCGAUCAGUCGGCGCUGGGCAACUCGCCGAUGUCGAACCCGGCCACGUACACCGGCGUGUUCGAUCUGAUCCGUCAGCUCUACGCGCAGCUCCCCGAAGCCAAGCUCCGCGGCUACCAGGCGCGGCGGUUUAGCUUCAACGUCGCUGGGGGGCGCUGUGAAGAGUGCGAGGGCGCCGGGCAACGCUGCGUAGAGAUGCACUUCUUGCCCGACGUGUGGGUCGAGUGCGAGACGUGCCGCGGCCAACGCUACAACCCCGAGACGCUUGCCGUUCGGUACCGAGAAAAGUCGAUCGCCGACGUCCUGGCGAUGAGCUGCGCCGAGGCGUUGGAGCUAUUCAGCAACAUUCCCAAGAUCCGCCGCGUCUUGCAAACGCUGUGCGACGUGGGCCUCGACUACGUCCAGCUCGGCCAAUCGGCGCCGACGCUCUCGGGCGGCGAAGCGCAGCGCGUCAAGCUCGCCGCCGAGCUGUCGCGCCCCGACACGGGGCAGACGCUCUACCUGCUCGACGAACCAACGACCGGCCUCCACUUCGACGAUCUGGCGAAGCUCCUCGAAGUGCUGCACCGCCUCGUCGAUCUCGGCAACACCGUGGUAGUAAUCGAGCACAACCUCGACGUGAUCAAGCAGUGCGACUGGCUGAUCGACAUCGGCCCCGAGGCGGGGAAGGGGGGCCCGCACAAGAAGCGCGCCGUCUACAAGCCGCAGGACGAGACACAGGCGGGGGACCUCGACCUCGAUUCGGUCGGCGACGGUGUCGCGAUGCCGUGGGAGGCGGACGGGCGGCGCUGGCACGUCAAGGAACGCAUCGGCCGCGACGGCUCACCGUGUCGUUGGGACGGGCGGAUCCUCGACGAGGUCGAACGCCGCAUCCAGGACUUGGGCGACUUCGCGCCGACCAACUGGAACCACCGUUCGGUCGUGGAGGUCACCGGCCAGAAGAAGUCGGACGGCUGGUUCUUUCACGCCCUGACCGGCGAGCGCUGGCUGGUGAAGCUCAAGUUCCGCACCGGCAAGCGGACCUUCAACCGCGACACCCUAGCGGCCGAGCUCGACCUGCCGCCGCUCAAUGAGAUGGACGACAUCGAGGCCUACGGCUCGACGUCGCGGGUGCAGUGCAAGAAUCUGCGCGGCCCUUGGCAAGAGGUUCAGGUUGCCGCCCACACGUUCAAGGAGAUCGACAAGCCGGAGUUCUGGAAGAUGAUCGAGCAGGCGGUUGCCGGCUUCGAGAAGUUCGUCGGGCGCGAAGAGAAGAAGCCCGAGGACCUGAUGCCCUGGAAGGUGUUGGGCCAGAAGUGGCAUCUCGCCCGCAAGGGCUUCACGCCCGGCAAGAAGGUGAAGUGGGAUCCGGAGUUGCUCGAAGACCUGCUGGAACUGAUCGCUGAGGCGACGCCGGGGGGCGAGUACCUGUGGAACAACAAGGUGCUGGUGCACCGGAUGGUCCCGGGGCAGCCCGACCCAUGGGCGACGAUCGUCACCAAGCGGGCGGAGAACGUGGAGCUGGCGCUGAACGGGCCGAAGGGCGCCGUUCAGCUCGGGCAGUUCGCCGCCCUGGCCAGCGACGCCGAGCUCGACACACGUCGCGAAGACCGCGACACGGUCCGUCUGCGGUUCGACUCGCCCGACGCGCUGACGAGCAGCGAGCUGCCCGAGUUUAUCCAUAGACACCUCGAAGUGAGCGUCAGCGGCGCGGGGGCGUGA